AUGUCAAAAGCAACUGUCUACACAUCAUCACCUCUUUACAGCACAGAGGAAAUUUUGACAGUAACUUCUGACAAACAACUAGCUUCAGUCAUUGGUAGGACUGAGGACAUACCUGUAACAACAAUAGAAGAUUCUUCUUCUCCCAAAACAUAUCAACAGAGCUUAGAUGAUCAGUCAAUAGAGAUAUCUACCAUUGACACAGCUUCUUCUACAGCUUCUUCAUUGUUCAGCACCAAAAAGACAACGGCCGGACCAAUUGAGAAGGAUUACGAUCUUGUUACUGAUGAGACAGUGAUCUCUUCACUAAUUCCUUUCACCAGCAUUGAUGGCAAAUCUACCAUAACCCUUGGCGAACUUGAGGGCUCAGGAAGUGAAAGUCCAAGCACAAUGAGCUCAAACACGUCAGUCAGUGAUGCAUCUUCAUUUACACAUGCAAGCUCUUUGGCAGAAGUAACAUCCUCUUCAAAAACAUCAUCAAAAACUGAUGAAACAAAGUCUGCUGAUUAUAUAAUUGCCAUGUCAAGUAAACCAACAGUGUCUUCCCUCGCUUCCUCACUGUUCAGCACAGAAACAACUACAAAACCUCCAGCAGAGCUAUUUGAGAGUGUCUACACAGAAAAGACAAUGAUACCCACAGGUUCUUAUGUUACAGAUAUGUCAGAAAAGCCCCUUACCAUUGCACAAUUAGAUCAAGAGUAUUCAGGAAGCAAAACCACACUUGUGUUGAGCUCAACUCUUUCUCUCAAAGGUUCACCUUCAUCUCCUUAUUCUUCGGAGGCACCAACAGCUAAAUCACCUGGAAUAACAGAUGGGCAUGAACCACAUAAGACACUACUGCCAUCUCUUCAAAAGGAACCAUCAGUAUCCACAGUCUUUGAUGGCACAGCCCCAACUCUACUGACAGGAUCAACUAGUGCAUCUUCUACACUUGUGGAGUCAUCUUCAUUCCUCACUGGCUCAACAAUUAAACCUUCAAACGCAUCUAUCUCAAUCUCCUCAGAGUCAGAGACUUCAACACACAGUGUUGAUGGUGCCACAGAUCAGUCAUCAAUGACCACAACUACUGCUUAUUCAACACUCAGUACGAUGUCUUCAUCGCACAUACCUUCAUCAAGUGAAAUGUCAAAAGCAACUGUCUACACAGCAUCACCUCUUUACAGCACAGAGGAAAUUUUGACAGUAACUUCUGACAAACAACAAGCUUCAGUCACUGGUAGGACUGAGGACAUACCUGUAACAACAAUAGAAGAUUCUUCUUCUCCCAAAACAUAUCAACAGAGCUUAGAUGAUCAGACAAUAGAGAUAUCUACCAUUGACACAGCUUCUUCUACAGCUUCUUCAUUGUUCAGCACCAAAAAGACAACGGCCGGACCAAUUGAGAAGGAUUACGAUCUUGUUACUGAUGAGACAGUGAUGUCUUCACUAUCUCCUUUAACCAGUGUUGAUGGCAAAUCUACCAUAACCCUUGGCGAACUUGAGGGCUCAGAAAGUGAAAGUCCAAGCACAAUGAGCUCAAACACGUCAGUCAGUGAUGCAUCUUCAUUUCCACAUGCAAGCUCUUUUGCAGAAGUAACAUCCUCCUCAAAAACAUCAUCAAAAACUGAUGAAACAAAGUCUGCUGAUUAUAUAAUUGCCAUGUCAAGUAAAUCAACAGUAUCUCCCCUCGCUUCCUCACGGUUUAGCACAGAAACAACUACAAAACCUCCAGCAGAGCUAUUUGAGAGUGUCUACACAGAAAAGACAAUGAUACCCACAGGUUCUUAUGUUACAGAUAUGUCAGAAAAGCCCCUUACCAUUGCACAAUUAGAUCAAGAGUAUUCAGGAAGCAAAACCACACUUGUGUUGAGCUCAACUCUUUCUCUCAAAGGUUCACCUUCAUCUCCUUAUUCUUCGGAGGCACCAACAGCUAAAUCACCUGGAAUAACAGAUGGGCAUGAACCACAUAAGACACUACUGCCAUCUCUUCAAAAGGAACCAUCAGUAUCCACAGUCUUUGAUGGCACAGCCCCAACUCUACUGACAGGAUCAACUAGUGCAUCUUCUACACUUGUGGAGUCAUCUUCAUUCCUCACUGGCUCAACAAUUAAACCUUCAAACGCAUCUAUCUCAAUCUCCUCAGAGUCAGAGACUUCAACACACAGUGUUGAUGGUGCCACAGAUCAGUCAUCAAUGACCACAACUACUGCUUAUUCAACACUCAGUACGAUGUCUUCAUCGCACAUACCUUCAUCAAGUGAAAUGUCAAAAGCAACUGUCUACACAGCAUCACCUCUUUACAGCACAGAGGAAAUUUUGACAGUAACUUCUGACAAACAACAAGCUUCAGUCACUGGUAGGACUGAGGACAUACCUGUAACAACAAUAGAAGAUUCUUCUUCUCCCAAAACAUAUCAACAGAGCUUAGAUGAUCAGACAAUAGAGAUAUCUACCAUUGACACAGCUUCUUCUACAGCUUCUUCAUUGUUCAGCACCAAAAAGACAACGGCCGGACCAAUUGAGAAGGAUUACGAUCUUGUUACUGAUGAGACAGUGAUGUCUUCACUAUCUCCUUUAACCAGUGUUGAUGGCAAAUCUACCAUAACCCUUGGCGAACUUGAGGGCUCAGAAAGUGAAAGUCCAAGCACAAUGAGCUCAAACACGUCAGUCAGUGAUGCAUCUUCAUUUCCACAUGCAAGCUCUUUUGCAGAAGUAACAUCCUCCUCAAAAACAUCAUCAAAAACUGAUGAAACAAAGUCUGCUGAUUAUAUAAUUGCCAUGUCAAGUAAAUCAACAGUAUCUCCCCUCGCUUCCUCACGGUUUAGCACAGAAACAACUACAAAACCUCCAGCAGAGCUAUUUGAGAGUGUCUACACAGAAAAGACAAUGAUACCCACAGGUUCUUAUGUUACAGAUAUGUCAGAAAAGCCCCUUACCAUUGCACAAUUAGAUCAAGAGUAUUCAGGAAGCAAAACCACACUUGUGUUGAGCUCAACUCUUUCUCUCAAAGGUUCACCUUCAUCUCCUUAUACUUCGGAGGCACCAACAGCUAAAUCACCUGGAAUAACACAUGGGCAUGAACCACAUAAGACACUACUGCCAUCUCUUCAAAAGGAACCAUCAGUAUCCACAGUCUUUGAUGGCACAGCCCCAACUCUACUGACAAGAUCAACUAGUGCAUCUUCUACACUUGUGGAGUCAUCUUCAUUCCUCACUGGCUCAACAACUAAACCUUCAAACGCAUCAAUCUCAAUCUCCUCAGAGUCAGAGAUUUCAAAACACAGUGUUGAUGGUGCCACAGAUCAGUCAUCAAUGACCACAACUACUGCUUAUUCAACACUCAGUACGAUGUCUUCAUCGCACAUACCUUCAUUAAGUGAAAUGUCAAAACCAACUGUCUACACAGCAUCAACUCUUUACAGCACAGAGGAAAUUUUGUCAGUAACGUCUGACAAACAACAAGCUUCAGUCACUGGUAGGACUGAGGACAUACCUGUAACAGCAAUAGAAGAUUCUUCUUCUCCCAAAACAUAUCAACAGAGCUUAGAUGAUCAGACAAUAGAGAUAUCUACCAUUGACACAGCUUCUUCUACAGCUUCUUCAUUGUUCAGCACAAAAAAGACAACGGCCGGACCAAUUGAGAAGGAUUACGAUCUUGUUACUGAUGAGACAGUGAUGUCUUCACUAUCUCCUUUCACCAGUAUUGAUGGCAAAUCUACCAUAACCCUUGGCGAACUUGAGGGCUCAGGAAGUGAAAGUCCAAGCACAAUGAGGUCAUACACGUCAGUCAGUGAUGCAUCUUCAUUUCCACAUGCAAGCUCUUUGGCAGAAGUAGCAUCCUCUUCAAAAACAUCAUCAAAAACUGAUGAAACAAAGUCUGCUGAUUAUACAGUUGCCAUGUCAAGGAAACCAACAUUGUCUUCCCUCUUUUCCUCACUGUUCAGCACAGAAACAACUACAAAACCUCCAGCAGAGCUAUUUGAGAGUGUCUACACAGAAAAGACAAUGAUACCCACAGGUUCUUAUGUUACAGAUAUGCCAGAAAAGCCCCUUUCCAUUGCACAAUUAGAUCAAGAGUAUUCAGGAAGCAAAACUACACUUGGGUUGAGCUCAACUCUUUCUCUCAAAGGGUCACCUUCAUCUCCUUAUACUUCAGAGGCACCAACAGCUAAAUCACCUGGAAUAACAGAUGGACAUGAAACACAUAAGACACUACUGCCGACUCUUCAAAAGGAACCAUCAGUAUCCACAGUCUUUGAUGGCACAGCCCCAACUCUACUGACAAGAUCAACUAGUGCAUCUUCUACACUUGUGGAGUCAUCUUCAUUCCUCACUGGCUCAACAACUAAACCUUCAAACACAUCAAUCUCAAUCUCCUCAGAGUCAGAGACUUCAAAACACAGUGUUGAUGGUGCCACGGAUCAGUCAUCAAUGACCACAACUGCUGCUUAUUCAACACUCAGUACGAUGUCUUCAUCGCACAUACCUUCAUCAAGUGAAACGUCAAAAGCAACUGUCUACACAGCAUCACCUCUUUACAGCACAGAGGAAAUUUUGUCAGUAACCUCUGACAAACAACAAGCUUCAGUCACUGGUAGGACUGAGGACAUACCUGUAACAGCAAUAGAAGAUUCUUCUUCUCCCAAAACCUAUCAACAGAGCUUAGAUGAUCAGACAAUAGAGAUAUCUACCAUUGACACAGCAUCUUCUACAGCUUAUUCAUUGUUCAGCACCAAAAAGACAACAGCCGGACCAAUUGAGAAGGACUACGAUCUUGUUACUGAUGAGACAGUGAUGUCUUCACUAUCUACCAUAACCCUUGGCGAACUUGAGGGCUCAGAAAGUGAAAGUCCAAGCACAAUGAGCUCAAACACGUUAGUCAGUGAUGCAUCUUCAUUUCCACAUGCAAGCUCUUUGGCAGAAGUAACAUCCUCUUUAAAAGCAUCAUCAAAAACUGAUGAAACAAAGUCUGCUGAUUCUAUAAUUGACAUGUCAAGUAAGCCAACAGUGUCUUCCCUCGCUUCCUCACUGUUCAGCACAGAAACAACUACAAAACCUCCAGCAGAGCUAUUUGAGAGUGUCUACACAGAAAAGACAAUGAUACCCACAGGUUCUUAUGUUACAGAUAUGUCAGAAAAGCCCCUUACCAUUGCACAAUUAGAUCAAGAGUAUUCAGGAAGCAAAACCACACUUGUGUUAAGCUCAACUCUUUCUCUCAAAGGUUCACCUUCAUCUCCUUAUACUUCGGAGGCACCAACAGCUAAAUCACCUGGAAUAACAGAUGGGCAUGAACCACAUAAGACACUACUGCCAUCUCUUCAAAAGGAACCAUCAGUAUCCACAGUCUUUGAUGGCACAGCCCCAACUCUACUGACAAGAUCAUCUAGUGCAUCUUCUACACUUGUGGAGUCAUCUUCAUUCCUCACUGGCUCAACAAUUAAACCUUCAAAUGCAUCUAUCUCAAUCUCCUCAGAGUCAGAGACUCCAAAACACAGUGUUGAUGGUGCCACAGAUCAGUCAUCAAUGACCACAACUACUGCUUAUUCAACACUCAGUACGAUGUAUUCAUCGCACUUACCUUCAAGUGAAAUGUCAAAACCAACUGUCUACACAGCAUCACCUCUAUACAGCACAGAGGAAAUUUUGACAGUAACUUCUGACAAACAACAAGCUUCAGUCACUGGUAGGACUGAGGACAUACCUGUAACAGCAAUAGAAGAUUCUUCUUCUCCCAAAACCUAUCAACAGAGCUUAGAUGAUCAGACAAUAGAGAUAUCUACCAUUGACACAGCAUCUUCUACAGCUUAUUCAUUGUUCAGCACCAAAAAGACAACAGCCGGACCAAUUGAGAAGGACUACGAUCUUGUUACUGAUGAGACAGUGAUGUCUUCACUAUCUACCAUAACCCUUGGCGAACUUGAGGGCUCAGAAAGUGAAAGUCCAAGCACAAUGAGCUCAAACACGUUAGUCAGUGAUGCAUCUUCAUUUCCACAUGCAAGCUCUUUGGCAGAAGUAACAUCCUCUUUAAAAGCAUCAUCAAAAACUGAUGAAACAAAGUCUGCUGAUUCUAUAAUUGACAUGUCAAGUAAGCCAACAGUGUCUUCCCUCGCUUCCUCACUGUUCAGCACAGAAACAACUACAAAACCUCCAGCAGAGCUAUUUGAGAGUGUCUACACAGAAAAGACAAUGAUACCCACAGGUUCUUAUGUUACAGAUAUGUCAGAAAAGCCCCUUACCAUUGCACAAUUAGAUCAAGAGUAUUCAGGAAGCAAAACCACACUUGUGUUAAGCUCAACUCUUUCUCUCAAAGGUUCACCUUCAUCUCCUUAUACUUCGGAGGCACCAACAGCUAAAUCACCUGGAAUAACAGAUGGGCAUGAACCACAUAAGACACUACUGCCAUCUCUUCAAAAGGAACCAUCAGUAUCCACAGUCUUUGAUGGCACAGCCCCAACUCUACUGACAAGAUCAUCUAGUGCAUCUUCUACACUUGUGGAGUCAUCUUCAUUCCUCACUGGCUCAACAAUUAAACCUUCAAAUGCAUCUAUCUCAAUCUCCUCAGAGUCAGAGACUCCAAAACACAGUGUUGAUGGUGCCACAGAUCAGUCAUCAAUGACCACAACUACUGCUUAUUCAACACUCAGUACGAUGUCUUCAUCGCACUUACCUUCAAGUGAAAUGUCAAAACCAACUGUCUACACAGCAUCACCUCUAUACAGCACAGAGGAAAUUUUGACAGUAACUUCUGACAAACAACAAGCUUCAGUCACUGGUAGGACUGAGGACAUACCUGUAACAGCAAUAGAAGAUUCUUCUUCUCCCAAAACAUAUCAACAGAGCUUAGAUGAUCAGACAAUAGAGAUAUCUACCAUUGACACAGCUUCUUCUACAGCUUCUUCAUUUUUCAGCACAAAAAAGGCAACGGCCGGACCAAUUGAGAAGGAUUACGAUCUCGUUACUGAUGAGACAGUGAUGUCUUCACUAUCUCCUUUCACCAGCAUUGAUGGCAAAUCUACCAUAACCCUUGGCGAACUUGAGGGCUCAGGAAGUGAAAAUCCAAGCACAAUGAGGUCCUACACGUCAGUCAGUGAUGCAUCUUCAUUUCCACAUGCAAGCUCUUUGGCAGAAGUAACAUCCUCUUCAAAAACAUCAUCAAAAACUGAUGAAACAAAGUCUGCUGAUUAUACAAUUGCCAUGUCAAGGAAACCAACAGUGUCUUCCCUCGCUUCCUCACUGUUCAGCACAGAAACAACUACAAAACCUCCAGCAGAGCUAUUUGAAAGUUUCUACACAGAAAAGACAAUGAUACCCGCAGGUUCUUAUGUUACAGAUAUGCCAGAAAAGCCCCUUUCCAUUGCACAAUUAGAUCAAGAGUAUUCAGGAAGCAAAACCACACUUGUGUUGAGCUCAACUCUUUCUCUCAAAGGGUCACCUUCAUCUCCUUAUACUUCGGAGGCACCAACAGCUAAAUCACCUGGAAUAACACAUGGGCAUGAACCACAUAAGACACUACUGCCAUCUCUUCAAAAGGAACCAUCAGUAUCCACAGUCUUUGAUGGCACAGCCCCAACUCUACUGACAAGAUCAACUAGUGCAUCUUCUACACUUGUGGAGUCAUCUUCAUUCCUCACUGGCUCAACAACUAAACCUUCAAACGCAUCUAUCUCAAUCUCCUCAGAGUCAGAGAUUUCAAAACACAGUGUUGAUGGUGCCACAGAUCAGUCAUCAAUGACCACAACUACUGCUUAUUCAACACUCAGUACGAUGUCUUCAUCGCACAUACCUUCAUUAAGUGAAAUGUCAAAACCAACUGUCUACACAGCAUCAACUCUUUACAGCACAGAGGAAAUGUUGUCAGUAACGUCUGACAAACAACAAGCUUCAGUCACUGGUAGGACUGAGGACAUACCUGUAACAGCAAUAGAAGAUUCUUCUUCUCCCAAAACAUAUCAACAGAGCUUAGAUGAUCAGACAAUAGAGAUAUCUACCAUUGACACAGCUUCUUCUACAGCUUCUUCAUUGUUCAGCACAAAAAAGACAACGGCCGGACCAAUUGAGAAGGAUUACGAUCUUGUUACUGAUGAGACAGUGAUGUCUUCACUAUCUCCUUUCACCAGUAUUGAUGGCAAAUCUACCAUAACCCUUGGCGAACUUGAGGGCUCAGGAAUUGAAAGUCCAAGCACAAUGAGGUCAUACACGUCAGUCAGUGAUGCAUCUUCAUUUCCACAUGCAAGCUCUUUGGCAGAAGUAGCAUCCUCUUCAAAAACAUCAUCAAAAACUGAUGAAACAAAGUCUGCUGAUUAUACAGUUGCCAUGUCAAGGAAACCAACAGUGUCUUCCCUCGCUUCCUCACUGUUCAGCACAGAAACAACUACAAAACCUCCAGCAGAGCUAUUUGAGAGUGUCUACACAGAAAAGACAAUGAUACCCACAGGUUCUUAUGUUACAGAUAUGCCAGAAAAGCCCCUUUCCAUUGCACAAUUAGAUCAAGAGUAUUCAGGAAGCAAAACUACACUUGGGUUGAGCUCAACUCUUUCUCUCAAAGGGUCACCUUCAUCUCCUUAUACUUCAGAGGCACCAACAGCUAAAUCACCUGGAAUAACAGAUGGACAUGAAACACAUAAGACACUACUGCCGACUCUUCAAAAGGAACCAUCAGUAUCCACAGUCUUUGAUGGCACAGCCCCAACUCUACUGACAAGAUCAACUAGUGCAUCUUCUACACUUGUGGAGUCAUCUUCAUUCCUCACUGGCUCAACAACUAAACCUUCAAACACAUCAAUCUCAAUCUCCUCAGAGUCAGAGACUUCAAAACACAGUGUUGAUGGUGCCACGGAUCAGUCAUCAAUGACCACAACUGCUGCUUAUUCAACACUCAGUACGAUGUCUUCAUCGCACAUACCUUCAUCAAGUGAAAUGUCAAAAGCAACUGUCUACACAGCAUCACCUCUUUACAGCACAGAGGAAAUUUUGUCAGUAACCUCUGACAAACAACAAGCUUCAGUCACUGGUAGGACUGAGGACAUACCUGUAACAGCAAUAGAAGAUUCUUCUUCUCCCAAAACCUAUCAACAGAGCUUAGAUGAUCAGACAAUAGAGAUAUCUACCAUUGACACAGCAUCUUCUACAGCUUAUUCAUUGUUCAGCACCAAAAAGACAACAGCCGGACCAAUUGAGAAGGACUACGAUCUUGUUACUGAUGAGACAGUGAUGUCUUCACUAUCUACCAUAACCCUUGCAGAACUUGAGGGCUCAGGAAGUGAAAGUCCAAGCACAAUGAGCUCAAACACGUUAGUCAGUGAUGCAUCUUCAUUUCCACAUGCAAGCUCUUUGGCAGAAGUAACAUCCUCUUUAAAAGCAUCAUCAAAAACUGAUGAAACAAAGUCUGCUGAUUCUAUAAUUGCCAUGUCAAGUAAGCCAACAGUGUCUUCCCUCGCUUCCUCACUGUUCAGCACAGAAACAACUACAAAACCUCCAGCAGAGCUAUUUGAGAGUGUCUACACAGAAAAGACAAUGAUACCCACAGGUUCUUAUGUUACAGAUAUGUCAGAAAAGCCCCUUACCAUUGCACAAUUAGAUCAAGAGUAUUCAGGAAGCAAAACCACACUUGUGUUAAGCUCAACUCUUUCUCUCAAAGGUUCACCUUCAUCUCCUUAUACUUCGGAGGCACCAACAGCUAAAUCACCUGGAAUAACAGAUGGGCAUGAACCACAUAAGAUACUACUGCCAUCUCUUCAAAAGGAACCAUCAGUAUCCACAGUCUUUGAUGGCACAGCCCCAACUCUACUGACAAGAUCAUCUAGUGCAUCUUCUACACUUGUGGAGUCAUCUUCAUUCCUCACUGGCUCAACAAUUAAACCUUCAAAUGCAUCUAUCUCAAUCUCCUCAGAGUCAGAGACUCCAAAACACAGUGUUGAUGGUGCCACAGAUCAGUCAUCAAUGACCACAACUACUGCUUAUUCAACACUCAGUUCGAUGUCUUCAUCGCACUUACCUUCAAGUGAAAUGUCAAAACCAACUGUCUACACAGCAUCAUCUCUAUACAGCACAGAGGAAAUUUUGACAGUAACUUCUGACACACAACAAGCUUCAGUCACUGGUAGGACUGAGGACAUACCUGUAACAACAAUAGAAGAUUCUUCUUCUCCCAAAACAUAUCAACAGAGCUUAGAUGAUCAGACAAUAGAGAUAUCUACCAUUGACACAGCUUCUUCUACAGCUUCUUCAUUGUUCAGCACAAAAAAGGCAACGGCCGGACCAAUUGAGAAGGAUUACGAUCUCGUUACUGAUGAGACAGUGAUGUCUUCACUAUCUCCUUUCACCAGCAUUGAUGGCAAAUCUACCAUAACCCUUGGCGAACUUGAGGGCUCAGGAAGUGAAAAUCCAAGCACAAUGAGGUCCUACACGUCAGUCAGUGAUGCAUCUUCAUUUCCACAUGCAAGCUCUUUGGCAGAAGUAACAUCCUCUUCAAAAACAUCAUCAAAAACUGAUGAAACAAAGUCUGCUGAUUAUACAAUUGCCAUGUCAAGGAAACCAACAGUGUCUUCCCUCGCUUCCUCACUGUUCAGCACAGAAACAACUACAAAACCUCCAGCAGAGCUAUUUGAAAGUUUCUACACAGAAAAGACAAUGAUACCCGCAGGUUCUUAUGUUACAGAUAUGCCAGAAAAGCCCCUUUCCAUUGCACAAUUAGAUCAAGAGUAUUCAGGAAGCAAAACCACACUUGUGUUGAGCUCAACUCUUUCUCUCAAAGGGUCACCUUCAUCUCCUUAUACUUCGGAGGCACCAACAGCUAAAUCGCCUGGAAUAACAGAUGGACAUGGAACACAUAAGACACUACUGCCGACUCUUCAAAUGGAACCAUCAGUAUCCACAGUCUUUGAUGGCACAGCCCCAACUCUACUGACAAGAUCAACUAGUGCAUCUUCUACACUUGUGGAGUCAUCUUCAUUCCUCACUGGCUCAACAACUAAACCUUCAAACACAUCAAUCUCAAUCUCCUCAGAGUCAGAGACUUCAAAACACAGUGUUGAUGGUGCCACGGAUCAGUCAUCAAUGACCACAACUACUGCUUAUUCAACACUCAGUACGAUGUCAUCAUCGCACAUACCUUCAUCAAGUGAAAUGUCAAAACCAACUGUCUACACAGCAUCACCUCUUUACAGCACAGAGGAAAUUUUGUCAGUAACCUCUGACAAACAACAAGCUUCAGUCACUGGUAGGACUGAGGACAUACCUUUAACAGCAAUAGAAGAUUCUUCUUCUCCCAAAACAUAUCAACACAGCUCAGAUGAUCAGACAAUAGAGAUAUCUACCAUUGACACAGCAUCUUCUACAGCUUAUUCAUUGUUCAGCACCAAAAAGACAACAGCCGGACCAAUUGAGAAGGAUUACGAUCUUGUUACUGAUGAGACAGUGAUGUCUUUACUAUCUCCUUUCACCAGUAUUGAUGGCAAAUCUACCAUAAGCCUUGCAGAACUUGAGGGCUCAGGAAGUGAAAGUCCAAGCACAAUGAGCUCAAACACGUCAGUCAGUGAUGCAUCUUUAUUUCCACAUGCAAGCUCUUUGGCAGAAGUAACAUCCUCUUCAAAAACAUCAUCAAAAACUGAUGAAACAAAGUCUGCUGAUUAUACAAUUGCCACGUCAAGAAUACCAACAGUGUCUUCCCUCCCUUCCUCACUGUUUAGCACAGAAACAACUACAAAACCUCCAGCAGAGCUAUUUGAGAGUGUCUACACAGAAAAGACAAUGAUACCCACAGGUUCUUAUGUUACAGAUAUGUCAGAAAAGCCCCUUACCAUUGCACAAUUAGAUCAAGAGUAUUCAGGAAGCAAAACCACACUUGUGUUGAGCUCAACUCUUUCUCUCAAAGGUUCACCUUCAUCUCCUUAUACUUCGGAGGCACCAACAGCUAAAUCACCUGGAAUAACACAUGGGCAUGAACCACAUAAGACACUACUGCCAUCUCUUCAAAAGGAACCAUCAGUAUCCACAGUCUUUGAUGGCACAGCCCCAACUCUACUGACAGGAUCAGCUAGUGCAUCUUCUACACUUGUGGAGUCAUCUUCAUUCCUCACUGGCUCAAACAUUAAACCUUCAAACGCAUCUAUCUCAAUCUCCUCAGAGUCAGAGACUUCAAAACACAGUGUUGAUGGUGCCACAGAUCAGUCAUCAAUGACCACAACUACUGCUUAUUCAACACUCAGUACGAUGUCUUCAUCGCACAUACCUUCAUCAAGUGAAAUGUCAAAACCAACUGUCUACACAGCAUCACUUCUUUACAGCACAGAGGAAAUUUUGUCAGUAACCUCUGACAAACAACAAGCUUCAAUCACUGGUAGGACUGAGGACAUACCUGUAACAGCAAUAGAAGAUUCUUCUUCUCCCAAAACAUAUCAAGAGAGCUUAGAUGAUCAGACAAUAGAGAUAUCUACCAUUGACACAGCUUCUUCUACAGCUUAUUCAUUGUUCAGCACCAAAAAGACAACAGCCGGACCGAUUGAGAAGGAUUACGAUCUUGGUACUGAUGAGACAGUGAUGUCUUCACUAUCUCCUUUCACCAGUGUUGAUGGCAAAUCUACCAUAACCCUUGCAGAACUUGAGGGCUCAGGAAGUGAAAGUCCAAGCACAAUGAGCUCAAACACGUCAGUCAGUGAUGCAUCUUCAUUUCCACAAGCAAGCUCUUUGGCAGAAGUAACAUCCUCUUCAAAAACGUCAUCAAAAACUGAUGAAACAAAGUCUGCUGAUUAUACAAUUGCCAUGUCAAGAAAACCAACAGUGUCUUCCCUCGCUUCCUCACUGCUCAGCACAGACACAACUACAAAACCUCCAGCAGAACUAUUUGAGAGUGUCUACACAGAAAAGACAAUGAUACCCACAGGUUCUUAUGUUACAGAUAUGUCAGAAAAGCCCCUUACCAUUGCACAAUUAGAUCAAGAGUAUUCAGGAAGCAAAACCACACUUGUGUUGAGCUCAACUCUUUCUCUCAAAGGUUCACCUUCAUCUCCUUAUACUUCGGAGGCACCAACAGUUAAAUCACCUGGAAUAACAGAUGGGCAUGAACCACAUAAGACACUACUGCCAUCUCUUCAAAAGGAACCAUCAGUAUCCACAGUCUUUGAUGGCACAGCCCCAACUCUGCUGACAAGAUCAACUAGUGCAUCUUCUACACUUGUGGAGUCAUCUUCAUUCCUCACUGGCUCAACAACUAAACCUUCAAACACAUCAAUCUCAAUCUCCUCAGAGUCAGAGACUUCAAAACACAGUGUUGAUGGUGCCACGGAUCAGUCAUCAAUGACCACAACUACUGCUUAUUCAACACUCAGUACGAUGUCUUCAUCACACAUACCUUCAUCAAGUGAAAUGUCAAAAGCAACUGUCUACACAGCAUCACCUCUUUACAGCACAGAGGAAAUUUUGUCAGUAACCUCUUACAAACAACAAGCUUCAGUCACUCGUAGGACUGAGGACAUACCUGUAACAGCAAUAGAAGAUUCGUCUUCUCCCAAAACAUAUCGACAGAGCUUAUAUGAUCAGACAAUAGAGAUAUCUACCAUUGACACAGCAUCUUCUACAGCUCAUUCAUUGUUCAGCACCAAAAAGACAACAGCCAGACCAAUUGAGAAGGAUUACGAUCUUGUUACUGAUGAGACAGUGAUGUCUUCACUAUCUACCAUAACCCUUGCAGAACUUGAGGGCUCAGGAAGUGAAAGUCCAAGCACAAUGAGCUCAAACACAUCAGUCAGUGAUGCAUCUUCAUUUCCACAUGCAAGCUCUUUGGCAGAAGUAACAUCCUCUUCAAAAACAUCAUCAAAAACAGAUGAAACAAAGUCUGCUGAUUAUACAAAUGUCAUGUCCAGCAAACCAACAGAGUCUUCCCUCGCUUCCUCCCUGUUCAGCACAGAAACAACUACAAACCCUCCAGCAGAGCUUUUUGAGAGUGUCUACAUAGACAAGACAAUGAUACCCACAGGUUCUUAUGUUACAGAUAUGCCAGAAAAGUCCCUUACCAUUGCGCAAUUAGAUCAAGAGGGCUCUGGAAGCCAAACCACCCUUGUGUUAAGCUCAACUACUUCUCGCAAAGGUUCAUCUUCAUCUCCAUCUACUUCGGAGGCACCAACAGCUAAAUCACCUGGAAUAACAGAUGGACAUGAAACAUAUAAGACACUUCUGCCAUCUCUUCAAAAGGAACCAUCAGUACCUACAGUCUUUGAUGACACAGCCCCAACUCUACUAACAAGAUCAAGUAGUGCAUCUUCUACACUUGUGGAGUCAUCUUCAUUCCUCACUGGCUCAACAAUUAAACCUUCAAACACAUCUAUCUUAAUCUCCUCAGAGUCAGAGGCUUCAAAACACAGUGUUGAUGGUGCCACAGAUCAGUCAUCAUUGACCACAACUACUGCUUAUUCAACACUCAGUACGAUGUCUUCAUCGCACAUACCUUCUUCAAGUGAAAUGUCAAAACCAACUGUCUACACAGCAUCACCUCUUUACAGCACAGAGGAAAUUUUGUCAGUAACCUCUGACAAACAACAAGCUUCAGUCACUGGUAGGACUGAGGACAUACCUAUAACAGCAAUAGAAGAUUCUUCUUCUCCCAAAACAUAUCAACAGAGCUUAGAUGAUCAGACAAUAGAGAUAUCUACCAUUGACACAGCAUCUUCUACAGCUUAUUCAUUGUUCAGCACCAAAAAGACAACAGCCGGACCAUUUGAGAAGGAUUACGAUCUUGUUACUGAUGAGACAGUGAUGUCUUCACUAUCUACCAUAACCCUUGCAGAACUUGAGGGCUCAGGAAGUGAAAGUCCAAGCACAAUGAGCUCAAACACGUCAGUCAGUGAUGCAUCUUCAUUUCCACAUGCAAGCUCUUUGGCAGAAGUAACAUCCUCUUCAAAAACAGAUGAAACAAAGUCUGCUGAUUAUACAAAUGUCAUGUCCAGCAAACCAACAGAGUCUUCCCUCGCUUCCUCACUGUUCAGCACAGAAACAACUACAAACCCUCCAGCAGAGCUUUUAGAGAGUGUCUACAUAGAAAAGACAAUGAUACCCACAGGUUCUUAUGUUACAGAUAUGCCAGAAAAGUCCCUUACCAUUGCGCAAUUGGAUCAAGAGGGCUCUGGAAGCCAAAGCACGCUUGUGUUAAGCUCAACUACUUCUCGCAAAGGUUCAUCUUCAUCUCCAUCUACUUCGGAGGCACCAACAGCUAAAUCACCUGGAAUAACAGAUGGACAUGAAACAUAUAAGACACUUCUGCCAUCUCCUCAAAAGGAACCAUCAGUACCUACAGUCUUUGAUGACACAGCCCCAACUCUACUGACAAGAUCAAGUAGUGCAUCUUCUACACUUGUGGAGUCAUCUUCAUUCCUCACUGGCUCAACAAUUAAACCUUCAAACACAUCUAUCUUAAUCUCCUCAGAGUCAGAGGCUUCAAAACACAGUGUUGAUGGUGCCACAGAUCAGUCAUCAUUGACCACAACUACUGCUUAUUCAACACUCAGUACGAUGUCUUCAUCGCACAUACCUUCUUCAAGUGAAAUGUCAAAACCAACUGUCUACACAGCAUCACCACUUUACAGCACAGAGGAACUUUUGUCAGUAACUUCUGACAAACAACAAGUUUCAGUCACUAGUAGGAUUGAGGGCAUACCUGUAACAGCAAUAGAAGAUUCCUCUUCUUCCAAAGCAUAUCAACAGAGUUUAGUUGAUCAGACAACAGAGAUGUCUACCAACGACACAGCAUCUUCUACAGCUUCUUUUUUGUUCAGCACCAAAAAGACAACAGCAGCUUCAAUUGAGAAAGAUUACGAUCUUGUGUCUGAUGAGACAGCAAUGUCUUCACUAUCUCCUUUCACCAGUAUUGAUGGCAAAUCAACCAUAACCCUUGCAGAACUAGAGGGCUCAGGAAGCGAAAGUCCAAGCACAAUAAGCUCAAGCAUGUCAGUCAGUGAUGCAUCUUCAUUUCCACAUGCAAGCUCUUUGGCAGAAGUAACAUCCUCUUCAAAAACAUCAUCAAACACAGAUGAAACAAAGUCUGCUGAUUAUACAAAUGUCAUGUCCAGCAAACCAACGGAGUCUUCCCUCGCUUCCUCACUGUUCAGCACAGAAACAACUACAAACCCUCCAGCAGAGCUUUUUGAGAGUGUCUACAUAGAAAAGACAAUGAUACCCACAGGUUCUUAUGUUACAGAUAUGCCAGAAAAGUCCCUUACCAUUGCGCAAUUAGAUCAAGAAGGCUCUGGAAGCCAAACCACACUUGUGUUAAGCUCAACUACUUCUCGCAAAGGUUCAUCUUCAUCUCCAUCUACUUCGGAGGCACCAACAGCUAAAUCACCUGGAAUAACAGAUGGACAAGAAACAAAUAAGACACUUCUGCCAUCUCUUCAAAUGGAACCAUCAGUAUCCACAGUCUUUGAUGACACAGCCCCAACUCUACUGACAAGAUCAACUAGUGCAUCUUCUACACUUGUGGAGUCAUCUUCAUUCCUCACUGGCUCAACAGUUAAACCUUCAAGCACAUCUAUCUUAAUCGCCUCAGAGUCAGAGACUUCAAAACACAGUGUUGAUGGUGCCACGGAUCAGUCAUCAAUGAGCACAACUACUGCUUAUUCAACACUCAGUACGAUGUCUUCAUCACACAUACCUUCAUCAAGUGAAAUGUCAAAAGCAACUGUCUACACAGCAUCACCUCUUUACAGCACAGAGGAAAUUUUGUCAGUAACCUCUGACAAACAACAAGCUUCAGUCACUGGUAGGACUGAGGACAUACCUGUAACAGCAAUAGAAGAUUCUUCUUCUCCCAAAACAUAUCAACAGAGCUUAGAUGAUCAGACAAUAGAGAUAUCUACCAUUGACACAGCAUCUUCUACAGCUUAUUCAUUGUUCAGCACCAAAAAGACAACAGCCGGACCAAUUGAGAAGGAUUACGAUCUUGUUACUGAUGAGACAGUGAUGUCUUCACUAUCUACCAUAACCCUUGCAGAACUUGAGGGCUCAGGAAGUGAAAGUCCAAGCACAAUGAGCUCAAACACGUCAGUCAGUGAUGCAUCUUCAUUUCCACAUGCAAGCUCUUUGGCAGAAGUAACAUCCUCUUCAAAAACAGAUGAAACAAAGUCUGCUGAUUAUACAAAUGUUAUGUCCAGCAAACCAACAGAGUCUUCCCUCGCUUCCUCACUGUUCAGCACAGAAACAACUACAAACCCUCCAGCAGAGUUUUAUGAGAGUGUCUACAUAGAAAAGACAAUGAUACCCACAGGUUCUUAUGUUACAGAUAUGCCAGAAAAGUCCCUUACCAUUGCGCAAUUAGAUCAAGAGGGCUCUGGAAGCCAAACCACGCUUGUGUUAAGCUCAACUACUUCUCGCAAAGGUUCAUCUUCAUCUCCAUCUACUUCGGAGGCACCAACAGCUAAAUCACCUGGAAUAACAGAUGGACAUGAAACAUAUAAGACACUUCUGCCAUCUCCUCAAAAGGAACCAUCAGUACCCACAGUCUUUGAUGACACAGCCCCAACUCUACUGACAAGAUCAAGUAGUGCAUCUUCUACACUUGUGGAGUCAUCUUCAUUCCUCACUGGCUCAACAAUUAAACCUUCAAACACAUCUAUCUUAAUCUCCUCAGAGUCAGAGGCUUCAAAACACAGUGUUGAUGGUGCCACAGAUCAGUCAUCAUUGACCACAACUACUGCUUAUUCAACACUCAGUACGAUGUCUUCAUCGCACAUACCUUCUUCAAGUGAAAUGUCAAAACCAACUGUCUACACAGCAUCACCACUUUACAGCACAGAGGAACUUUUGUCAGUAACUUCUGACAAACAACAAGUUUCAGUCACUAGUAGGAUUGAGGGCAUACCUGUAACAGCAAUAGAAGAUUCCUCUUCUUCCAAAGCAUAUCAACAGAGUUUAGAUGAUCAGACAACAGAGAUGUCUACCAACGACACAGCAUCUUCUACAGCUUCUUUUUUGUUCAGCACCAAAAAGACAACAGCAGCUUCAAUUGAGAAAGAUUACGAUCUUGUGUCUGAUGAGACAGCAAUGUCUUCACUAUCUCCUUUCACCAGUAUUGAUGGCAAAUCAACCAUAACCCUUGCAGAACUAGAGGGCUCAGGAAGCGAAAGUCCAAGCACAAUGAGCUCAAGCAUGUCAGUCAGUGAUGCAUCUUCAUUUCCACAUGCAAGCUCUUUGGCAGAAGUAACAUCCUCUUCAAAAACAUCAUCAAACACAGAUGAAACAAAGUCUGCUGAUUAUACAAAUGUCAUGUCCAGCAAACCAACGGAGUCUUCCCUCGCUUCCUCACUGUUCAGCACAGAAACAACUACAAACCCUCCAGCAGAGCUUUUUGAGAGUGUCUACAUAGAAAAGACAAUGAUACCCACAGGUUCUUAUGUUACAGAUAUGCCAGAAAAGUCCCUUACCAUUGCGCAAUUAGAUCAAGAAGGCUCUGGAAGCCAAACCACACUUGUGUUAAGCUCAACUACUUCUCGCAAAGGUUCAUCUUCAUCUCCAUCUACUUCGGAGGCACCAACAGCUAAAUCACCUGGAAUAACAGAUGGACAAGAAACAAAUAAGACACUUCUGCCAUCUCUUCAAAUGGAACCAUCAGUAUCCACAGUCUUUGAUGACACAGCCCCAACUCUACUGACAAGAUCAACUAGUGCAUCUUCUACACUUGUGGAGUCAUCUUCAUUCCUCACUGGCUCAACAGUUAAACCUUCAAGCACAUCUAUCUUAAUCGCCUCAGAGUCAGAGACUUCAAAACACAGUGUUGAUGGUGCCACGGAUCAGUCAUCAAUGAGCACAACUACUGCUUAUUCAACACUCAGUACGAUGUCUUCAUCACACAUACCUUCAUCAAGUGAAAUGUCAAAAGCAACUGUCUACACAGCAUCACCUCUUUACAGCACAGAGGAAAUUUUGUCAGUAACCUCUGACAAACAACAAGCUUCAGUCACUGGUAGGACUGAGGACAUACCUGUAACAGCAAUAGAAGAUUCUUCUUCUCCCAAAACAUAUCAACAGAGCUUAGAUGAUCAGACAAUAGAGAUAUCUACCAUUGACACAGCAUCUUCUACAGCUUAUUCAUUGUUCAGCACCAAAAAGACAACAGCCGGACCAAUUGAGAAGGAUUACGAUCUUGUUACUGAUGAGACAGUGAUGUCUUCACUAUCUACCAUAACCCUUGCAGAACUUGAGGGCUCAGGAAGUGAAAGUCCAAGCACAAUGAGCUCAAACACGUCAGUCAGUGAUGCAUCUUCAUUUCCACAUGCAAGCUCUUUGGCAGAAGGAACAUCCUCUUCAAAAACAGAUGAAACAAAGUCUGCUGAUUAUACAAAUGUCAUGUCCAGCAAACCAACAGAGUCUUCCCUCGCUUCCUCACUGUUCAGCACAGAAACAACUACAAACCCUCCAGCAGAGCUUUUUGAGAGUGUCUACAUAGAAAAGACAAUGAUACCCACAGGUUCUUAUGUUACAGAUAUGCCAGAAAAGUCCCUUACCAUUGCGCAAUUAGAUCAAGAGGGCUCUGGAAGCCAAACCACGCUUGUGUUAAGCUCAACUACUUCUCGCAAAUGUUCAUCUUCAUCUCCAUCUACUUCGGAGGCACCAACAGCUAAAUCACCUGGAAUAACAGAUGGACAUGAAACAUAUAAGACACUUCUGCCAUCUCCUCAAAAGGAACCAUCAGUACCUACAGUCUUUGAUGACACAGCCCCAACUCUACUGACAAGAUCAAGUAGUGCAUCUUCUACACUUGUGGAGUCAUCUUCAUUCCUCACUGGCGCAACAAUUAAACCUUCACACACAUCUAUCUUAAUCUCCUCAGAGUCAGAGGCUUCAAAACACAGUGUUGAUGGUGCCACAGAUCAGUCAUCAUUGACCACAACUACUGCUUAUUCAACACUCAGUACGAUGUCUUCAUCGCACAUACCUUCUUCAAGUGAAAUGUCAAAACCAACUGUCUACACAGCAUCACCACUUUACAGCACAGAGGAACUUUUGUCAGUAACUUCUGACAAACAACAAGUUUCAGUCACUAGUAGGAUUGAGGGCAUACCUGUAACAGCAAUAGAAGAUUCCUCUUCUUCCAAAGCAUAUCAACAGAGUUUAGAUGAUCAGACAACAGAGAUGUCUACCAACGACACAGCAUCUUCUACACCUUCUUUUUUGUUCAGCACCAAAAAGACAACAGCAGCUUCAAUUGAGAAAGAUUACGAUCUUGUGUCUGAUGAGACAGCAAUGUCUUCACUAUCUCCUUUCACCAGUAUUAAUGGCAAAUCAACCAUAACCCUUGCAGAACUAGAGGGCUCAGGAAGCGAAAGUCCAAGAACAAUAAGCUCAAGCAUGUCAGUCAGUGAUGCAUCUUCAUUUCCACAUGCAAGCUCUUUGGCAGAAGUAACAUCCUCUUCAAAAACAUCAUCAAACACAGAUGAAACAAAGUCUGCUGAUUAUACAAAUGUCAUGUCCAGCAAACCAACGGAGUCUUCCCUCGCUUCCUCACUGUUCAGCACAGAAACAACUACAAACCCUCCAGCAGAGCUUUUUGAGAGUGUCUACAUAGAAAAGACAAUGAUACCCACAGGUUCUUAUGUUACAGAUAUGCCAGAAAAGUCCCUUACCAUUGCGCAAUUAGAUCAAGAAGGCUCUGGAAGCCAAACCACACUUGUGUUAAGCUCAACUACUUCUCGCAAAGGUUCAUCUUCAUCUCCAUCUACUUCGGAGGCACCAACAGCUAAAUCACCUGGAAUAACAGAUGGACAAGAAACAAAUAAGACACUUCUGCCAUCUCUUCAAAUGGAACCAUCAGUAUCCACAGUCUUUGAUGACACAGCCCCAACUCUACUGACAAGAUCAACUAGUGCAUCUUCUACACUUGUGGAGUCAUCUUCAUUCCUCACUGGCUCAACAGUUAAACCUUCAAGCACAUCUAUCUUAAUCGCCUCAGAGUCAGAGACUUCAAAACACAGUGUUGAUGGUGCCACGGAUCAGUCAUCAAUGAGCACAACUACUGCUUAUUCAACACUCAGUACGAUGUCUUCAUCACACAUACCUUCAUCAAGUGAAAUGUCAAAAGCAACUGUCUACACAGCAUCACCUCUUUACAGCACAGAGGAAAUUUUGUCAGUAACCUCUGACAAACAACAAGCUUCAGUCACUGGUAGGACUGAGGACAUACCUGUAACAGCAAUAGAAGAUUCUUCUUCUCCCAAAACAUAUCAACAGAGCUUAGAUGAUCAGACAAUAGAGAUAUCUACCAUUGACACAGCAUCUUCUACAGCUUAUUCAUUGUUCAGUACCAAAAAGACAACAGCCGGACCAAUUGAGAAGGAUUACGAUCUUGUUACUGAUGAGACAGUGAUGUCUUCACUAUCUACCAUAACCCUUGCAGAACUUGAGGGCUCAGGAAGUGAAAGUCCAAGCACAAUGAGCUCAAACACGUCAGUCAGUGAUGCAUCUUCAUUUCCACAUGCAAGCUCUUUGGCAGAAGUAACAUCCUCUUCAAAAACAGAUGAAACAAAGUCUGCUGAUUAUACAAAUGUCAUAUCCAGCAAACCAACAGAGUCUUCCCUCGCUUCCUCACUGUUCAGCACAGAAACAACUACAAACCCUCCAGCAGAGCUUUUUGAGAGUGUCUACAUAGAAAAGACAAUGAUACCCACAGGUUCUUAUGUUACAGAUAUGCCAGAAAAGUCCCUUACCAUUGCGCAAUUAGAUCAAGGGGGCUCUGGAAGCCAAACCACGCUUGUGUUAAGCUCAACUACUUCUCGCAAAGGUUCAUCUUCAUCUCCAUCUACUUCGGAGGCACCAACAGCUAAAUCACCUGGAAUAACAGAUGGACAUGAAACAUAUAAGACACUUCUGCCAUCUCCUCAAAAGGAACCAUCAGUACCUACAGUCUUUGAUGACACAGCCCCAACUCUACUGACAAGAUCAAAGUCAGAGGCUUCAAAACACAGUGUUGAUGGUGCCACAGAUCAGUCAUCAUUGACCACAACUACUGCUUAUUCAACACUCAGUACGAUGUCUUCAUCGCACAUACCUUCUUCAAGUGAAAUGUCAAAACCAACUGUCUACACAGCAUCACCACUUUACAGCACAGAGGAACUUUUGUCAGUAACUUCUGACAAACAACAAGUUUCAGUCACUAGUAGGAUUGAGGGCAUACCUGUAACAGCAAUAGAAGAUUCCUCUUCUUCCAAAGCAUAUCAACAGAGUUUAGAUGAUCAGACAACAGAGAUGUCUACCAACGACACAGCAUCUUCUACACCUUCUUUUUUGUUCAGCACCAAAAAGACAACAGCAGCUUCAAUUGAGAAAGAUUACGAUCUUGUGUCUGAUGAGACAGCAAUGUCUUCACUAUCUCCUUUCACCAGUAUUGAUGGCAAAUCAACCAUAACCCUUGCAGAACUAGAGGGCUCAGGAAGCGAAAGUCCAAGCACAAUAAGCUCAAGCAUGUCAGUCAGUGAUGCAUCUUCAUUUCCACAUGCAAGCUCUUUGGCAGAAGUAACAUCCUCUUCAAAAACAUCAUCAAACACAGAUGAAACAAAGUCUGCUCAUUAUACAAAUGUCAUGUCCAGCAAACCAACGGAGUCUUCCCUCGCUUCCUCACUGUUCAGCACAGAAACAACUACAAACCCUCCAGCAGAGCUUUUUGAGAGUGUCUACAUAGAAAAGACAAUGAUACCCACAGGUUCUUAUGUUACAGAUAUGCCAGAAAAGUCCCUUACCAUUGCGCAAUUAGAUCAAGAAGGCUCUGGAAGCCAAACCACACUUGUGUUAAGCUCAACUACUUCUCGCAAAGGUUCAUCUUCAUCUCCAUCUACUUCGGAGGCACCAACAGCUAAAUCACCUGGAAUAACAGAUGGACAAGAAACAAAUAAGACACUUCUGCCAUCUCUUCAAAUGGAACCAUCAGUAUCCACUGUCUUUGAUGACACAGCCCCAACUCUACUGACAAGAUCAACUAGUGCAUCUUCUACACUUGUGGAGUCAUCUUCAUUCCUCACUGGCUCAACAGUUAAACCUUCAAGCACAUCUAUCUUAAUCGCCUCAGAGUCAGAGACUUCAAAACACAGUGUUGAUGGUGCCACGGAUCAGUCAUCAAUGAGCACAACUACUGCUUAUUCAACACUCAGUACGAUGUCUUCAUCACACAUACCUUCAUCAAGUGAAAUGUCAAAAGCAGCUGUCUACACAGCAUCACCUCUUUACAGCACAGAGGAAAUUUUGUCAGUAACCUCUGACAAACAACAAGCUUCAGUCACUGGUAGGACUGAGGACAUACCUAUAACAGCAAUAGAAGAUUCUUCUUCUCCCAAAACAUAUCAACAGAGCUUAGAUGAUCAGACAAUAGAGAUAUCUACCAUUGACACAGCAUCUUCUACAGCUUAUUCAUUGUUCAGCACCAAAAAGACAACAGCCGGACCAAUUGAGAAGGAUUACGAUCUUGUUACUGAUGAGACAGUGAUGUCUUCACUAUCUACCAUAACCCUUGCAGAACUUGAGGGCUCAGGAAGUGAAAGUCCAAGCACAAUGAGCUCAAACACGUCAGUCAGUGAUGCAUCUUCAUUUCCACAUGCAAGCUCUUUGGCAGAAGUAACAUCCUCUUCAAAAACAGAUGAAACAAAGUCUGCUGAUUAUACAAAUGUCAUGUCCAGCAAACCAACAGAGUCUUCCCUCGCUUCCUCACUGUUCAGCACAGAAACAACUACAAACCCUCCAGCAGAGCUUUUUGAGAGUGUCUACAUAGAAAAGACAAUGAUACCCACAGGUUCUUAUGUUACAGAUAUGCCAGAAAAGUCCCUUACCAUUGCGCAAUUAGAUCAAGAGGGCUCUGGAAGCCAAACCACGCUUGUGUUAAGCUCAACUACUUCUCGCAAAGGUUCAUCUUCAUCUCCAUCUACUUCGGAGGCACCAACAGCUAAAUCACCUGGAAUAACAGAUGGACAUGAAACAUAUAAGACACUUCUGCCAUCUCUUCAAAAGGAACCAUCAGUACCUACAGUCUUUGAUGACACAGCCCCAACUCUACUGACAAAAUCAAGUAGUGCAUCUUCUACACUUGUGGAGUCAUCUUCAUUCCUCACUGGCGCAACAAUUAAACCUUCAAACACAUCUAUCUUAAUCUCCUCAGAGUCAGAGGCUUCAAAACACAGUGUUGAUGGUGCCACAGAUCAGUCAUCAUUGACCACAACUACUGCUUAUUCAACACUCAGUACGAUGUCUUCAUCGCACAUACCUUCUUCAAGUGAAAUGUCAAAACCAACUGUCUACACAGCAUCACCACUUUACAGCACAGAGGAACUUUUGUCAGUAACUUCUGACAAACAACAAGUUUCAGUCACUAGUAGGAUUGAGGGCAUACCUGUAACAGCAAUAGAAGAUUCCUCUUCUUCCAAAGCAUAUCAACAGAGUUUAGAUGAUCAGACAACAGAGAUGUCUACCAACGACACAGCAUCUUCUACAGCUUCUUUUUUGUUCAGCACCAAAAAGACAAUAGCAGCUUCAAUUGAGAAAGAUUACGAUCUUGUGUCUGAUGAGACAGCAAUGUCUUCACUAUCUCCUUUCACCAGUAUUAAUGGCAAAUCAACCAUAACCCUUGCAGAACUAGAGGGCUCAGGAAGCGAAAGUCCAAGCACAAUAAGCUCAAGCAUGUCAGUCAGUGAUGCAUCUUCAUUUCCACAUGCAAGCUCUUUGGCAGAAGUAACAUCCUCUUCAAAAACAUCAUCAAACACAGAUGAAACAAAGUCUGCUGAUUAUACAAAUGUCAUGUCCAGCAAACCAACGGAGUCUUCCCUCGCUUCCUCACUGUUCAGCACAGAAACAACUACAAACCCUCCAGCAGAGCUUUUUGAGAGUGUCUACAUAGAAAAGACAAUGAUACCCACAGGUUCUUAUGUUACAGAUAUGCCAGAAAAGUCCCUUACCAUUGCGCAAUUAGAUCAAGAAGGCUCUGGAAGCCAAACCACACUUGUGUUAAGCUCAACUACUUCUCGCAAAGGUUCAUCUUCAUCUCCAUCUACUUCGGAGGCACCAACAGCUAAAUCACCUGGAAUAACAGAUGGACAAGAAACAAAUAAGACACUUCUGCCAUCUCUUCAAAUGGAACCAUCAGUAUCCACUGUCUUUGAUGACACAGCCCCAACUCUACUGACAAGAUCAACUAGUGCAUCUUCUACACUUGUGGAGUCAUCUUCAUUCCUCACUGGCUCAACAGUUAAACCUUCAAGCACAUCUAUCUUAAUCGCCUCAGAGUCAGAGACUUCAAAACACAGUGUUGAUGGUGCCACGGAUCAGUCAUCAAUGACCACAACUACUGCUUAUUCAACACUCAGUGCAAUGUCUUCAUCGCACAUACCUUCAUCAAGUGAAAUGUCAAAAGCAACUGUCUACACAGCAUCACCUCUUUACAGCACAGAGGAAAUUUUGUCAGUAACCUCUGACAAACAACAAGCUUCAGUCACUGGUAGGACUGAGGACAUACCUGUAACUGCAAUAGAAGAUUCUUCUUCUCCCAAAACCUAUCAACAGAGCUUAGAUGAUCAGACAAUAGAGAUAUCUACCAUUGACACAGCAUCUUCUACAGCUUAUUCAUUGUUCAGCACCAAAAAGACAACAGCCGGACCAAUUGAGAAGGAUUACGAUCUUGUUACUGAUGAGACAGUGAUGUCUUCACUAUCUACCAUAACCCUUGCAGAACUUGAGGGCUCAGGAAGUGAAAGUCCAAGCACAAUGAGCUCAAACACGUCAGUCAGUGAUGCAUCUUCAUUUCCACAUGCAAGCUCUUUGGCAGAAGUAACAUUCUCUUCAAAAACAGAUGAAACAAAGUCUGCUGAUUAUACAAAUGUCAUGUCCAGCAAACCAACAGAGUCUUCCCUCGCUUCCUCACUGUUCAGCACAGAAACAACUACAAAACCUCCAGCAGAGCUUUUUGAGAGUGUUUACAUAGAAAAGACAAUGAUACCCACAGGUUCUUAUGUUACAGAUAUGCCAGAAAAGUCCCUUACCAUUGCUCAAUUAGAUCAAGAGGGCUCUGGAAGCCAAACCACGCUUGUGUUAAGCUCAACUACUUCUCGCAAAGGUUCAUCUUCAUCUCCAUCUACUUCGGAGGCACCAACAGCUAAAUCACCUGGAAUAACAGAUGGACAUGAAACAUAUAAGACACUUCUGCCAUCUCCUCAAAAGGAACCAUCAGUACUUACAGUCUUUGAUGACACAGCCCCAACCCUACUGACAAGAUCAAGUAGUGCAUCUUCUACACUUGUGGAGUCAUCUUCAUUCCUCACUGGCGCAACAAUUAAACCUUCAAACACAUCUAUCUUAAUCUCCUCAGAGUCAGAGGCUUCAAAACACAGUGUUGAUGGUGCCACAGAUCAGUCAUCAUUGACCACAACUACUGCUUAUUCAACACUCAGUACGAUGUCUUCAUCGCACAUACCUUCUUCAAGUGAAAUGUCAAAACCAACUGUCUACACAGCAUCACCACUUUACAGCACAGAGGAACUUUUGUCAGUAACUUCUGACAAACAACAAGUUUCAGUCACUAGUAGGAUUGAGGGCAUACCUGUAACAGCAAUAGAAGAUUCCUCUUCUUCCAAAGCAUAUCAACAGAGUUUAGAUGAUCAGACAACAGAGAUGUCUACAAACGACACAGCAUCUUCUACAGCUUCUUUUUUGUUCAGCACCAAAAAGACAACAGCAGCUUCAAUUGAGAAAGAUUACGAUCUUGUGUCUGAUGAGACAGCAAUGUCUUCACUAUCUCCUUUCACCAGUAUUGAUGGCAAAUCAACCAUAACCCUUGCAGAACUAGAGGGCUCAGGAAGCGAAAGUCCAAGCACAAUAAGCUCAAGCAUGUCAGUCAGUGAUGCAUCUUCAUUUCCACAUGCAAGCUCUUUGGCAGAAGUAACAUCCUCUUCAAAAACAUCAUCAAACACAGAUGAAACAAAGUCUGCUGAUUAUACAAAUGUCAUGUCCAGCAAACCAACGGAGUCUUCCCUUGCUUCCUCACUGUUCAGCACAGAAACAACUACAAACCCUCCAGCAGAGCUUUUUGAGAGUGUCUACAUAGAAAAGACAAUGAUACCCACAGGUUCUUAUGUUACAGAUAUGCCAGAAAAGUCCCUUACCAUUGCGCAAUUAGAUCAAGAAGGCUCUGGAAGCCAAACCACACUUGUGUUAAGCUCAACUACUUCUCGCAAAGGUUCACCUUCAUCUCCAUCUACUUCGGAGGCACCAACAGCUAAAUCACCUGGAAUAACAGAUGGACAAGAAACAAAUAAGACACUUCUGCCAUCUCUUCAAAUGGAACCAUCAGUAUCCACAGUCUUUGAUGACACAGCCCCAACUCUACUGACAAGAUCAACUAGUGCAUCUUCUACACUUGUGGAGUCAUCUUCAUUCCUCACUGGCUCAACAGUUAAACCUUCAAGCACAUCUAUCUUAAUCGCCUCAGAGUCAGAGACUUCAAAACACAGUGUUGAUGGUGCCACGGAUCAGUCAUCAAUGAGCACAACUACUGCUUAUUCAACACUCAGUAUGAUGUCUUCAUCACACAUACCUUCAUCAAGUGAAAUGUCAAAAGCAACUGUCUACACAGCAUCACCUCUUUACAGCACAGAGGAAAUUUUGUCAGUAACCUCUGACAAACAACAAGCUUCAGUCACUGGUAGGACUGAGGACAUACCUGUAACAGCAAUAGAAGAUUCUUCUUCUCCCAAAACAUAUCAACAGAGCUUAGAUGAUCAGACAAUAGAGAUAUCUACCAUUGACACAGCAUCUUCUACAGCUUAUUCAUUGUUCAGCACCAAAAAGACAACAGCCGGACCAAUUGAGAAGGAUUACGAUCUUGUUACUGAUGAGACAGUGAUGUCUUCACUAUCUACCAUAACCCUUGCAGAACUUGAGGGCUCAGGAAGUGAAAGUCCAAGCACAAUGAGCUCAAACACGUCAGUCAGUGAUGCAUCUUCAUUUCCACAUGCAAGCUCUUUGGCAGAAGUAACAUCCUCUUCAAAAACAGAUGAAACAAAGUCUGCUGAUUAUACAAAUGUCAUGUCAAGCAAACCAACAGAGUCUUCCCUCGCUUCCUCACUGUUCAGCACAGAAACAACUACAAACCCUCCAGCAGAGCUUUUUGAGAGUGUCUACAUAGAAAAGACAAUGAUACCCACAGGUUCUUAUGUUACAGAUAUGCCAGAAAAGUCCCUUACCAUUGCGCAAUUAGAUCAAGAGGGCUCUGGAAGCCAAACCACGCUUGUGUUAAGCUCAACUACUUCUCGCAAAUGUUCAUCUUCAUCUCCAUCUACUUCGGAGGCACCAACAGCUAAAUCACCUGGAAUAACAGAUGGACAUGAAACAUAUAAGACACUUCUGCCAUCUCCUCAAAAGGAACCAUCAGUACCUACAGUCUUUGAUGACACAGCCCCAUCUCUACUGACAAGAUCAAGUAGUGCAUCUUCUACACUUGUGGAGUCAUCUUCAUUCCUCACUGGCGCAACAAUUAAACCUUCAAACACAUCUAUCUUAAUCUCCUCAGAGUCAGAGGCUUCAAAACACAGUGUUGAUGGUGCCACAGAUCAGUCAUCAUUGACCACAACUACUGCUUAUUCAACACUCAGUACGAUGUCUUCAUCGCACAAACCUUCUUCAAGUGAAAUGUCAAAAACAACUGUCUACACAGCAUCACCACUUUACAGCACAGAGGAAAUUUUGUCAGUAACUUCUGACAAACAAGUUUCAGUCACUAGUAGGAUUGAGGGCAUACCUGUAACAGCAAUAGAAGAUUCCUCUUCUUCCAAAGCAUAUCAACAGAGUUUAGAUGAUCAGACAACAGAGAUGUCUACCAAUGACACAGCAUCUUCUACAGCUUCUUUUUUGUUCAGCACCAAAAAGACAACAGCAGCUUCAAUUGAGAAAGAUUACGAUCUUGUUUCUGAUGAGACAGCAAUGUCUUCACUAUCUCCUUUCACCAGUAUUGAUGGCAAAUCAACCAUAACCCUUGCAGAACUAGAGGGCUCAGGAAGCGAAAGUCCAAGCACAAUAAGCUCAAGCAUGUCAGUCAGUGAUGCAUCUUCAUUUCCACAUGCAAGCUCUUUGGCAGAAGUAACAUCCUCUUCAAAAACAUCAUCAAACACAGAUGAAACAAAGUCUGCUGAUUAUACAAAUGUCAUGUCCAGCAAACCAACGGAGUCUUCCCUCGCUUCCUCACUGUUCAGCACAGAAACAACUACAAACCCUCCAGCAGAGCUUUUUGAGAGUGUCUACAUAGAAAAGACAAUGAUACCCACAGGUUCUUAUGUUACAGAUAUGCCAGAAAAGUCCCUUACCAUUGCGCAAUUGGAUCAAGAGGGCUCUGGAAGCCAAACCACGCUUGUGUUAAGCUCAACUACUUCUCGCAAAGGUUCAUCUUCAUCUCCAUCUACUUCGGAGGCACCAACAGCUAAAUCACCUGGAAUAACAGAUGGACAUGAAACAUAUAAGACAAUUCUGCCAUCUCCUCAAAAGGAACCAUCAGUACCUACAGUCUUUGAUGACACAGCCCCAACUCUACUGACAAGAUCAAGUAGUGCAUCUUCUACACUUGUGGAGUCAUCUUCAUUCCUCACUGGCUCAACAAUUAAACCUUCAAACACAUCUAUCUUAAUCUCCUCAGAGUCAGAGGCUUCAAAACACAGUGUUGAUGGUGCCACAGAUCAAUCAUCAUUGACCACAACUACUGCUUAUUCAACACUCAGUACGAUGUCUUCAUCGCACAUACCUUCAUCAAGUGAAAUGUCAAAACCAACUGUCUACAUAGCAUCACCACUUUACAGCACAGAGGAACUUUUGUCAGUAACUUCUGACAAACAACAAGUUUCAGUCACUAGUAGGAUUGAGGGCAUACCUGUAACAGCAAUAGAAGAUUCCUCUUCUUCCAAAGCAUAUCAACAGAGUUUAGAUGAUCAGACAACAGAGAUGUCUACCAACGACACAGCAUCUUCUACAGCUUCUUUUUUGUUCAGCACCAAAAAGACAACAGCAGCUUCAAUUGAGAAAGAUUACGAUCUUGUGUCUGAUGAGACAGCAAUGUCUUCACUAUCUCCUUUCACCAGUAUUGAUGGCAAAUCAACCAUAACCCUUGCAGAACUAGAGGGCUCAGGAAGCGAAAGUCCAAGCACAAUAAGCUCAAGUAUGUCAGUCAGUGAUGCAUCUUCAUUUCCACAUGCAAGCUCUUUGGCAGAAGUAACAUCCUCUUCAAAAACAUCAUCAAACACAGAUGAAACAAAGUCUGCUGAUUAUACAAAUGUCAUGUCCAGCAAACCAACGGAGUCUUCCCUCGCUUCCUCACUGUUCAGCAUAGAAAAAACUACAAACCCUCCAGCAGAGCUUUUAGAGAGUGUCUACGUAGAAAAGACAAUGAUACCCACAGGUUCUUAUGUUACAAAUAUGCCAGAAAAGUCCCUUACCAAUGCGCAAUUAGAUCAAGAAGGCUCUGGAAGCCAAACCACACUUGUGUUAAGCUCAACUACUUCUCGCAAAGGUUCAUCUUCAUCUCCAUCUACUUCGGAGGCACCAACAGCUAAAUCACCUGGAAUAACAGAUGGACAAGAAACAAAUAAGACACUUCUGCCAUCUCUUCAAAUGGAACCAUCAGUAUCCACAGUCUUUGAUGACACAGCCCCAACUCUACUGACAAGAUCAACUAGUGCAUCUUCUACACUUGUGGAGUCAUCUUCAUUCCUCACUGGCUCAACAGUUAAACCUUCAAGCACAUCUAUCUUAAUCGCCUCAGAGUCAGAGACUUCAAAACACAGUGUUGAUGGUGCCACGGAUCAGUCAUCAAUGAGCACAACUACUGCUUAUUCAACACUCAGUACGAUGUCUUCAUCACACAUACCUUCAUCAAGUGAAAUGUCAAAAGCAACUGUCUACACAGCAUCACCUCUUUACAGCACAGAGGAAAUUUUGUCAGUAACCUCUGACAAACAACAAGCUUCAGUCACUGGUAGGACUGAGGACAUACCUGUAACAGCAUUAGAAGAUUCUUCUUCUCCCAAAACAUAUCAACAGAGCUUAGAUGAUCAGACAAUAGAGAUAUCUACCAUUGACACAGCAUCUUCUACAGCUUAUUCAUUGUUCAGCACCAAAAAGACAACAGCCGGACCAAUUGAGAAGGAUUACAAUCUUGUUACUGAUGAGACAGUGAUGUCUUCACUAUCUACCAUAACCCUUGCAGAACUUGAGGGCUCAGGAAGUGAAAGUCCAAGCACAAUGAGCUCAAACACGUCAGUCAGUGAUGCAUCUUCAUUUCCACAUGCAAGCUCUUUGGCAGAAGUAAAAUCCUCUUCAAAAACAGAUGAAACAAAGUCUGCUGAUUAUACAAAUGUCAUGUCCAGCAAACCAACGGAGUCUUCCCUCGCUUCCUCACUGUUCAGCAUAGAAAAAACUACAAACCCUCCAGCAGAGCUUUUAGAGAGUGUCUACGUAGAAAAGACAAUGAUACCCACAGGUUCUUAUGUUACAAAUAUGCCAGAAAAGUCCCUUACCAAUGCGCAAUUAGAUCAAGAAGGCUCUGGAAGCCAAACCACACUUGUGUUAAGCUCAACUACUUCUCGCAAAGGUUCAUCUUCAUCUCCAUCUACUUCGGAGGCACCAACAGCUAAAUCACCUGGAAUAACAGAUGGACAAGAAACAAAUAAGACACUUCUGCCAUCUCUUCAAAUGGAACCAUCAGUAUCCACAGUCUUUGAUGACACAGCCCCAACUCUACUGACAAGAUCAACUAGUGCAUCUUCUACACUUGUGGAGUCAUCUUCAUUCCUCACUGGCUCAACAGUUAAACCUUCAAGCACAUCUAUCUUAAUCGCCUCAGAGUCAGAGACUUCAAAACACAGUGUUGAUGGUGCCACGGAUCAGUCAUCAAUGAGCACAACUACUGCUUAUUCAACACUCAGUACGAUGUCUUCAUCACACAUACCUUCAUCAAGUGAAAUGUCAAAAGCAACUGUCUACACAGCAUCACCUCUUUACAGCACAGAGGAAAUUUUGUCAGUAACCUCUGACAAACAACAAGCUUCAGUCACUGGUAGGACUGAGGACAUACCUGUAACAGCAUUAGAAGAUUCUUCUUCUCCCAAAACAUAUCAACAGAGCUUAGAUGAUCAGACAAUAGAGAUAUCUACCAUUGACACAGCAUCUUCUACAGCUUAUUCAUUGUUCAGCACCAAAAAGACAACAGCCGGACCAAUUGAGAAGGAUUACAAUCUUGUUACUGAUGAGACAGUGAUGUCUUCACUAUCUACCAUAACCCUUGCAGAACUUGAGGGCUCAGGAAGUGAAAGUCCAAGCACAAUGAGCUCAAACACGUCAGUCAGUGAUGCAUCUUCAUUUCCACAUGCAAGCUCUUUGGCAGAAGUAAAAUCCUCUUCAAAAACAGAUGAAACAAAGUCUGCUGAUUAUACAAAUGUCAUGUCCAGCAAACCAACAGAGUCUUCCCUCGCUUCCUCACUGUUCAGCACAGAAACAAUUACAAACCCUCCAGCAGAGCUUUUUGAGAGUGUCUACAUAGAAAAGACAAUGAUACCCACAGGUUCUUAUGUUACAGAUAUGCCAGAAAAGUCCCUUACCAUUGCACAAUUAGAUCAAGAGGGCUCUGGAAGCCAAACCACGCUUGUGUUAAGCUCAACUACUUCUCGCAAAGGUUCAUCUUCAUCUCCAUCUACUUCGGAGGCACCAACAGCUAAAUCACCUGGAAUAACAGAUGGACAUGAAACAUAUAAGACACUUCUGCCAUCUCCUCAAAAGGAACCAUCAGUACCUACAGUCUUUGAUGACACAGCCCCAACUCUACUGACAAGAUCAAGUAGUGCAUAUUCUACACUUGUGGAGUCAUCUUCAUUCCUCACUGGCUCAACAAUUAAACCUUCAAACACAUCUAUCUUAAUCUCCUCAGAGUCAGAGGCUUCAAAACACAGUGUUGAUGGUGCCAAAGAUCAGUCAUCAUUGACCACAACUACUGCUUAUUCAACACUCAGUACGAUGUCUUCAUCGCACAUACCUUCUUCAAGUGAAAUGUCAAAACCAACUGUCUACACAGCAUCACCACUUUACAGCACAGAGGAACUUUUGUCAGUAACUUCUGACAAACUACAAGUUUCAGUCACUAGUAGGAUUGAGGGCAUACCUGUAACAGCAAUAGAAGAUUCCUCUUCUUCCAAAGCAUAUCAACAGAGUUUAGAUGAUCAGACAACAGAGAUGUCUACCAACGACACAGCAUCUUCUACAGCUUCUUUUUUGUUCAGCACCAAAAAGACAACAGCAGCUUCAAUUGAGAAAAAUUACGAUCUUGUUUCUGAUGAGACAGCAAUGUCUUCACUAUCUCCUUUCACCAGUAUUGAUGGCAAAUCAACCAUAACCCUUGCAGAACUAGAGGGCUCAGGAAGCGAAAGUCCAAGCACAAUAAGCUCAAGCAUGUCAGUCAGUGAUGCAUCUUCAUUUCCACAUGCAAGCUCUUUGGCAGAAGUAACAUCCUCUUCAAAAACAUCAUCAAACACAGAUGAAACAAAGUCUGCUGAUUAUACAAAUGUCAUGUCCAGCAAACCAACGGAGUCUUCCCUCGCUUCCUCACUGUUCAGCACAGAAACAACUACAAACCCUCCAGCAGAGCUUUUUGAGAGUGUCUACAUAGAAAAGACAAUGAUACCCACAGGUUCUUAUGUUACAAAUAUGCCAGAAAAGUCCCUUACCAUUGCGCAAUUAGAUCAAGAGGGCUCUGGAAGCCAAACCACACUUGUGUUAAGCUCAACUACUUCUCGCAAAGGUUCAUCUUCAUCUCAAUCUACUUCGGAGGCACCAACAGCUAAAUCACCUGGAAUAACAGAUGGACAUGAAACAUAUAAGACAAUUCUGCCAUCUCCUCAAAAGGAACCAUCAGUACCUACAGUCUUUGAUGACACAGCCCCAACUCUACUGACAAGAUCAAGUAGUGCAUCUUCUACACAUGUGGAGUCAUCUUCAUUCCUCACUGGCUCAACAUUUAAACCUUCAAACACAUCUAUCUUAAUCUCCUCAGAGUCAGAGACUUCAAAACACAGUGUUGAUGGUACCACUGAUCAGUCAUCAAUUACCACAACUACUGCUUAUUCAACACUCAGUGCAAUGUCUUCAUCGCACAUACCUUCUUCAAGUGAAAUGUCAAAACCAACUGUCUACACAGCAUCACCACCAUACAGCACAGAGGAACUUUUGUCAGUAACUUCUGACAAACAACAAGCUUUAGUCAGUAGUAGGAUUGAGGGCAUACCUGUAACAGCAAUAGAAGAUUCUUCUUCUUCCAAAGCAUAUCCACAGAGUUUAGAUGAUCAGACAACAGAGAUAUCUACCAAUGACACAGCAUCUUCUACAGCGUCUUCAUUGUUUGGCACCAAAAAGACAACAGCAGCUUCCAUUGAGAAGGAUUACGAUCUUGUUACUGAUCAGACAGCAAUUUCUUCACUAUCUCCUUUUACCAGUAUUGAUGGCAAAUCCACCAUAACCCAUGCAGAACUAGAGGGCUCAGGAAGCGAAAGUCCAAGCGCAAUGAGCUCAAACACGUCAGUCAUUGAUGCAGCUUCAUUUCCAUAUGCAAGCUCUUUGGCAGAAGUAACAUCCUCUUCAAAAACAUCAUCAAAAACAGAUGAAACAAAGUCUGCUGAUUAUACAAUUGUCUUGUCCAGCAAACCAACGGUGUCUUCCCUUGCUUCCUCACUGUUCAGCACAGAAACAACUACAAACCCUCCAGCAGAGCUUUUUGAGAGUGUCAACAUAGAAAAAACAAUGACACCCACAGGUUCUUAUGUUACAGAUAUGCCAGAAAAGUCCCUUACCAUUGCGCAAUUAGAUCAAGAGGGCUCAGGAAGCCAAACCACACUUGUGUUAAGCUCAACUAUUUCUCUCGAAGGUUCAUCUUCAUCUCCUUAUACUUUGGAGGCACCAACAGCUAAAUCACCUCGAAUAACAGAUGGACAUGAAGCACAUAAGACACUACUGCCGUCUCUUCAAAUGGAACCACCAGUAUCCACAGUCUUUGAUGGCACAGUCCCAACUCUACUGACAAGAUCAACUAGUGCAUCUGCCAGUACAGCAACAAUGUUAUCUUCAGAAACAGCAUUACCACCCAAAACCACUUCAAACCCUCCAGCAGAGCUUUUUGAGAGUGUCUACAUAGAAAAGACAAUGACACCCACAGGUUAUUAUGUUACAGAUAUGCCAGAAAAGUCCCUUACCAAUGCGCAUUUAGAUCAAGAGGGCUCAGGAAGCCAAACCACACUUGUGUUAAGCUCAACUAUUUCUCUCGAAGGUUCGUCUUCAUCUCCUUAUACUUCGGAGGCACCAACAGCUAAAUCACCUGGAAUAACAGAUGGACAUGAAGCACAUAAGACACUACUGCCGUCUCUUCAAAUGGAACCACCAGUAUCCACAGUCUUUGAUGGCACAGUCCCAACUCUACAGACAAGAUCAACUAGUGCAUCUGCCAGUAAAGCAACAAUGUUAUCUUCAGAAACAGCAUUACCACCCAUAACCACUACAAACCCUCCAGCAGAGCUUUUUGAGAGUGUCUACAUAGAAAAGACAAUGACACCCACAGGUUAUUAUGUUACAGAUAUGCCAGAAAAGUCCCUUACCUUUGCGCAAUUAGAUCAAGAGGGCUCAGGAAGCCAAACCACACUUGUGUUAAGCUCAACUCUUUCUCUCGAAGGUUCAUCUUCAUCUCCUUAUACUUCGGAGGCAGCAACAGCUAAAUCACCUGGAAUAACAGAUGGACAUGAAGCACAUAAGACACUACUGCCAUCUCUUCAAAUGGAACCACCAGUAUCCACAGUCUUUGAUGGCACAGUCCCAACUCUACUGACAAGAUCAACUAGUGCAUCUGCCAGUACAUCAACAAUGUUAUCUUCAGAAACAGCAUUACCACCCAUAACCACUACAAACCCUGCAGCAGAGCUUUUUGAGAGUGUCUACAUAGAAAAGACAAUGACACCCACAGGUUAUUAUGUUACAGAUAUGCCAGAAAAGUCCCUUACCAUUGCGCAAUUAGAUCAAGAGGGCUCAGGAAGCCAAACCACACUUGUGUUAAGCUCAACUAUUUCUCUCGAAGGUUCAUCUUCAUCUCCUUAUACUUUGGAGGCACCAACAGCUAAAUCACCUGGAAUAACAGAUGGACAUGAAGCACAUAAGACACUACUGCCGUCUCUUCAAAUGGAACCACCAGUAUCCACAGUCUUUGAUGGCACAGUCCCAACUCUACUGACAAGAUCAACUAGUGCAUCUGCCAGUACAUCAACAAUGUUAUCUUCAGAAACAGCAUUACCACCCAUAACCACUACAAACCCUCCAGCAGAGCUUUUUGAGAGUGUCUACAUAGAAAAGACAAUGACACCCACAGGUUAUUAUGUUACAGAUAUGCCAGAAAAGUCCCUUACCAUUGCGCAAUUAGAUCAAGAGGGCUCAGGAAGCCAAACCACACUUGUGUUAAGCUCAACUAUUUCUCUCGAAGGUUCAUCUUCAUCUCCUUAUACUUCGGAGGCACCAACAGCUAAAUCACCUGGAAUAACAGAUGGACAUGAAGCACAUAAGACACUACUGCCGUCUCUUCAAAUGGAACCACCAGUAUCCACAGUCUUUGAUGGCACAGUCCCAACUCUACUGACAAGAUCAACUAGUGCAUCUGCCAGUACAGCAACAAUGUUAUCUUCAGAAACAGCAUUACCACCCAUAACCACUACAAACCCUCCAGCAGAGCUUUUUGAGAGUGUCUACAUAGAAAAGACAAUGACACCCACAGGUUAUUAUGUUACAGAUAUGCCAGAAAAGUCCCUUACCAUUGCGCAAUUAGAUCAAGAGGGCUCAGGAAGCCAAACCACACUUGUGUUAAGCUCAACUAUUUCUCUCGAAGGUUCAUCUUCAUCUCCUUAUACUUCGGAGGCACCAACAGCUAAAUCACCUGGAAUAACAGAUGGACAUGAAGCACAUAAGACACUACUGCCGUCUCUUCAAAUGGAACCACCAGUAUCCACAGUCUUUGAUGGCACAGUCCCAACUCUACUGACAAGAUCAACUAUUACAUCUGCCAGUACAGCAACAAUGUUAUCUUCAGAAACAGCAUUACCACCCAUAACCACAGAAGCUAAAAGUUCUGGAUACAGCCCUAGUCAAUCCACUUCUGGGACAACUGUAGCACCUACCACUCCUUCUCCAGUGUUUAUCUUGUUGUCAUCACUUACUGUUCCAACCAAAUCUCAAACAAGACAUAGUUCAACAACACUUGUUCCUACAGCCACAUCAACUUACGGCACAGAUAUUCCCACAUCAGUUUCUUCAGAUAUGGUUCCAAAAAUGCAUGAAGUAGGUUCAACAUCUUUUACAUUUGACACCACAAGAACAACUAGUGACAGCAGUCUAAAACCUAUAAAUACAUUUUUCAAGGGACUUCCGUCUUCCUCUCCCACAUAUUUUCAUUCAUCCUCUGUUUCUAUCCCAGAGAAACCUGGGAACGUUUCUGUUUCCACACAACCUGUUUUGGGUUCAAGUAUAGACACAUUUCAGAGUUUAUUAGCUUCUCACAAUAAUAAUAAGUCCUUGGUAGAUUCAACUACCAAACUGCCUGAAGACAGCACCUGGAACCCAACUCCUGACAUAAUUUCUCAAAUUUCUACAGUCCCAGUAGUGACAGAAGAGGAGGACUAUAAUUACUCAGCAAGCGGUGGGUUGGUUGAAUCCAUAUCUGAUAUAGUGAGCUCAGGAGGUGACAUAUCUGGAGACUUAAAUGAAACUACUGCAGAAAUGCAAACACAGUUUAAUGUUCCUUUUGUGUCCCAAUUAAGCCAAAAAAUACAUGGGCCUUAUAUUGGUCUUAAUGAAAUGACCACAAUAUCCCAAAAUGAAUACAUUGUUGCAACAGAUGAGGUUGAAACAAGUGAGGCUGAUAACACAUCAGAUAUGAAAAUGGUAAUCUCAGCCCAAUCAGCACAUCUGACCAGUACUCAAACUUACUUCUCUGCAUCAGGCAGUGGAGAUUUAAUUGAUGCUUCUUCAGAUGAUGAAGUUUCUGGUACCCCCUACAAUCAGCCACCUCCACGUGGACCAGAUACACGUUCAUUCCCAGAUGCUGAUAAGACUGCUGAUUCUGUUGUGCCCCCUGCUUUCAAAACAGGAAGAACAACAACAUCCACAGAGGUCCCCUUAUCAGAUGAUAAUUUUCGGCUUUCAUCUCUCCCGUCUGCAACCUCCCAGCCUUCUGCUUUGGAAUCUGUGACUCCUUCCACUUAUGCAACCAAAAAGCCAACUGAGCUAGCUUUGAGUAACAACAUUCCCUCAGUUGACAUAUUGUCAAUUUAUAAUAAAGAUAUGUUAACCCCCCCACCAGCAAUGAUGGUCAGUUCCACAAUUGGAGCAGUUAAUUUGGAUGAGGAAGCCACAAAAUCACCCUUUAAAACUUCCCAUACCACCGGAAUGGAUGCCAUCAAAACCAGUCAGCCAAAGCAAGAUGACAACCAAUCAGUGUCAAUCCCAUUACCCACCAUUCUAUACCAGAGCAUUAUUGACCAACAAGUUGAGAUUGUUACCUCUAACAGCAAGCAAGUUGAGACUGACCUAAAAAAAGGAACACCUACUAUGGUCCUGAAAAUGUCUCAGCCAUCAAGUAGCACUUCCAUCACAAUAAAAGAGAGAGAUGAACAGUGGUCUAGAGCCAAAGAUGAUAUAAGUCCAGACAGUCCCACACCAGAAAUCAAUGCCAACGAUGAUACAAUCAUUGAUGUAGAUACUCUCUCCAUUGUUACAUCAUCUUUGCUUUACCCAAACGUCCAGACAGAAGAAGCUGCAGGUGUCAUAGCAGUUACAAUGACGCAACCCUUCGACAUAAAGGAAGACCUGGAGGGUUCAGGGACUGCAAGUACUACUACUUUUACUCCUACAUUUGCAGAUUCAGCCACAUAUUCAACCCUAACCAUAGCAUCUCCUAAAUAUGAUUCAACAAAAGCAACCAGUAAAUUAAACAAUGCUAAUGAAUAUUCAACUAGCACGAUCUCAAGUCAACACCUUUCCAUUGAACAAACUUCAAAGGUCAUCUCAACUUCAGUAACGUCAAACGAAAUGGCCCAGUCUCACACAACUGCUUCCCCGACAUACUCUGCAGCAGCUUCCCAAAAGUCAGUUGAGCAUGUGAAGUCAGACACCAUUAAACCACGAAAACCACAGACUGACCAUUCUUUUCACAAUGUAUCAUCAACCACAACCAUAACGUACCCUAAUACAAAUGGCCAAAAACCCAUACAUCCAUAUACUUAUGAUGAUGAUUUGGAUGAUGAUUAUCCAGAUAAUUCGGGGAAAAAAAACAACAUUGUUGAAUCUGUUCCUCAACUCAGUACAACCACAAUGCCAAGUGCAGACAGUAAUGUUUUUGUUACAUCAAAGCCCAUUGCCCAGACCACUGAGAUUCACCCAUCUUUAGACAAUAUUGAAAUUCAGCCUUCAGAAAAAGAUUCAGACAGUAAUGGAACUUCAUCAGUUAGUUCUGAUAGUGAAUUUGGAGAGCAGAUAACAAGCAUACCAAAAAUGGAUGGAAUUAAAGAUGGAAAUCUCUCCCCAGAUAAAAUUCAGACUGUGUUUAAGGUAAAUGCAACAUCAACUUCAAAGACUGUGACUGAUGGACCAUAUCACGCUUCGGACCAAGAAAUUGUGAACAAUAUCAAUGAAAGCAAUAGUGAAACUACCACAAGGACUCAUCAAAAGUUCAUUGCAACAUCAACAGCACAAGCAAAAAACCAUUUGUCGGUUCCAUCUUUAUCCACCACGCGUUCAUCUUCUCAUGAAGAAAGAAAGCAUGAGAACAGUGACUUAAAAACAUACCCAUCGCUCAAUGGAAUAACACAAUUAAUAGCAGCAGAAGAAACAACCACGUCCAACCCCACAUCACUGAAUCUGGGGCACACAGUUGUUGGCGAGGCUGUUGAAAUUCCUGGACUUUAUUCUUGCACGAUGAAUGUUUGUCUCAAUGGCGGAUCUUGCUACAAGACCGGUAGUGCCUAUUCAUGUAGCUGUGCUCCUGGUUACACUGGUCAUCAAUGCGAAACAGAGAUUGAUGAGUGUCAGUCAAACCCGUGCCGCAAUGGAGGGACAUGUGUUGAUGGAGUAAUGAGUUUCACAUGUGUGUGUCUUCCAAGCUACUCUGGAUUGCACUGUGAAGAAGAUACUGAAACCUGUGAUUACGGCUGGCAUAAGUUCCAGGGACACUGCUACAAGUACUUCCCUCACCGGAAAACCUGGGACUCAGCAGAGAGAGAGUGUCGCAUUCAGGGGGCUCAUCUAAGCAGCGUGCUUUCCCACGAGGAGCAACAGUUUGUCAACCGUCUCGGACAGGACUACCAGUGGAUUGGCCUAAAUGAUAAGAUGUUUGACAGCGAUUUCCGCUGGACCGAUGGCAGCCCCGUGCAAUAUGAAAACUGGAGGCCGAACCAGCCUGACAGCUUCUUUACCUCUGGGGAGGACUGCGUGGUGAUGAUAUGGCACGAGGAUGGCCAAUGGAACGAUGUUCCUUGCAACUAUCACCUGACUUAUACCUGCAAAAAGGGCACAGUGGCCUGCAGUCAACCCCCCGUGGUAGAGAACACACGUACCUUUGGUAAGAAGCGUGAGAGAUACGAGGUAAAUUCCCUCGUGAGGUACCAGUGCCGAUCAGGCUUCAUUCAGAGGCACAUUCCAACCAUCCGCUGCCGGGGAGAUGGACGAUGGGAUUUACCUAAAAUCGCCUGCAUAAGCCCAUCAACUUACCAGCGGUCAUUUACGAGAAGGCAUCAGCACAAAAGUCUCUACAGCAUCAAUAAUUUCAAAAGCUGGAACGAUGACGCCUUCCGCCUCCACCAUCCACGCUAUAGAGGGAAAAGAGACAGAACUGAACCAAAGAAGAGGAUGCCGUGAUUUUAAAGCCACGAGGCUUCCUUGAGAACACUCAUCUGAUGCCUGAGUGGAAAGAAAAGGACAAAAAGCGCAAAAGAGGCUCAUAAAAGAAACCAAGGGGAUAAACGUCAAUUUUGGGGGGCAUGUUUGGCUGACGAUGGAUUCUUAUGAAGUGCCUUCUAAAUGUUAAUGAAUGACUUUUUAUAUAAUGGAGUGCUGUUGUGUAACAGCUCCAGUGUGGACAAAUUCUUUCAGCUGGCUACUGGAAAAGCAAUAAGUACUCUAAUAGUGUGCUCUUUAAAGCAGAGGAGGGUAUUUCUCAGCUUUUCUUAUGAAACACUCAUCAUGAUCGUCCAACACCGACUCUGCUGUUCGAAGUCAAUGCAAGUGUUUCUUAUUCAUAAGAAAUCUGUAAAACAAUACUCACAUUUUAGUUCAGACUGAUGUUUAAGCAUAUUUAACUGAAGUUAAUGUGCAAAUGACUAAUUCUGCAGUUCAACAUUUAGUGUUUCACAUAUGUAACAACAGAGGCAGUUUGAAGCUGCAAUUUUAGAUGCAUAGAUCAAUAUCUCACAUGAAUCACAAGAAAGUAGCUCAGAAAUCUGCUGGAGAGCCUUUUGUUGCGGUGGAUUUUAUUGUUUUCCAUCGUUAUUGGUUGUAACUUGAGCUGCGACAUUGUUUAAGAGAGACACUUAUAGAAAAUAUUUCAAAAGCUUCAGUUUUCACUGACAAAGCGUUUGUGUCUACUUUAAGAUACAAGAAGGAAAGAAUGCAUUUUCAUGCAUUUUCCACUCUUUGCAUGACUCACAUUUAGCUUGUGCAGCAUGUUUACAUUAUUUGUAAUGCUGCCCAUGAAAACAAACAGAAGAGUCUGUUAUUUUUUAAAUAUAUAUAUAUAUAUUCAUGUUUCUUUUGAUGUUAUGGACUCUUCAUCACUGAACUUGUCCUUUAUAAAUAUCCGUUCAGAGAAUGUAUUUUGUGAAACACUCCUAAGACUUGAACGCAACAGCUGUUUUAGGCAGAAAUGCAUCUAAUUUAUUUUCAAGCUGCUUUUGAUCUUGUGAGUUUAAUGCUGCCAGGCUGAGUGUUGCUUUUAGUUGGCCUGGCAAUGCUCUUUAUACAUGCAUAUAUAUAUUUUUAUAUAUAAGACGGGGGGCAGAACGCAUUUACAGACUGUCUAAAUAGGAUGAAGCGCUGAUGGAAAACAAAAUCCAUAAUAUAACUGAUUUACUUGUCUUUUUACAUUUUAAAUGGCAUCAGCGGAUCUAAUAAUACAGAGUUCUACAUAAACAAUAAUACUAUUGUUCUGUAACACUGACAAAUAAUGUGUACAAGUGGAUGGAAGUGCAUUUUUCUUGGAGAAAGUUUGCUUUGUGUGUCUGCCUGUGAAUGUCAUUCCUUUUUGUGCACAUCAUACCAUUUUAUAUUUAUAUAACAAGUUUUUUUUUAUUUACUUCAUAAUGUGAAUGUCUGGAAUUUUAGUGAUUUUUUCUAAUUGUUUUUAUUUUAAAUGAUAAUUUUUUUUUUGUUCCUCACUUGAUGUCACUAAAUAACCAAAAUAAAUAUACGGAUAUUUUC